AUGUUGUUUUGGUUCAUUUCAGGUUCUACUGAAAUACGUCAUCAUCACCCCCCUGGUCAUGCAGAGACCACUAGGACUUCACCUAGCACCCAACAACACCCAUCUUCUCAUCAACAACAGCAACAUCACCACCAUCCCCAUCAUCACUCCCAUCACCACCACCAUCAGCGACACUCCAAGGGUAACCUAGCACCCACGGCUUCCCCUGCCUCUGGUUCCCCUUCCCUCCACCAACCGACAAACACCCUCCCAUCUUACUUCACCCGGGGUUCCAUCAUCCAGUUGGCCAACUCGGUGCUGAAGCGGGUUGAGGAUCUGACGACGGAUGACUUUGUACAGAGCGCUGGGAACACAGAGGGCCUAAAGAUAGACUCCAGUACGGUUCUAAGGAUCGACGAGGAGCCGCACCGUGGUCUGGCCCUUAUUGGGUUUCUUGUCGGUGAACAUAAAGCUCAGGUAACCGUGGAAGCACCAUACGAGCAUCCAUUUUUCGUUUUUGGUCAAGGAUGGUCUUCAGUGAGGCCAGAGCUCUCGUUAAAAUGCUACGGGUUGCAAUGCCACACCCUUGCAGUUGGAGAUGUGUGUGUAUCAUUGACUGUCAUAGAGAAUGGUAAGCAUGGGCUUAAAGAAGACUCAGAGAUAGAGAAGCAUCAUACCAGGAUGCAAGUCCAGGGCAUGUCUAGUCCAGACAUGAAGCGAAGGCGGAUGGAAGAGAAGCUCCAGAAGUCUGAAGAACACCUCCAUGCCCCUGGUCUCACACCAAGUGUCAGCAGCCACUCUUCACCUUCUCCUGGUCAGCAGCAGAUGGAACACCAAGUCCACCCUGGUGGGGGUCCUUAUGAGGUCCCUGAUCAUGGUAUCGACAAGAAUUCCAACAUCGUUCCUGACAAGCCCUUGGAGAUGCCGCAUAUGAAGCUAAUGCGCCCACCCAAGAGGCGUUGGUCGGACCCUAUCAAGGCCAACCAAGAAGCUGCAGCUGCAGCCGCAGCCGCAGCAGAGAAGCAACAGGGUCAGCAUCAUCCAGUGGCACCUGAAACCAUAGGGAAAGUGCAGCAGCAACUGCCGCAGUAGACACUUUGUGGAACUGUCUUUUCAUUCCUAGAGUUUCUGCUGGCAAUCAAGGUGGCUUAACACAAGAGGCUAUUAGAGAUCUUUGUCAAGGUCAUGCAGCAGAAAAUGGUGCUGCAAGGAAGUGUCAUCCAUCGUCCAAAGCUUACAAAGAUGCAGAGCUCAUGGAAUAUGUAGUAUCCAUGACAAUGGGUGGUAGCUAAGGUGAUGGUUAAAUGGUAAAUGCUCUAGAAAGAGCUCAGGUUUGUUUUUGUUCAUUCCAAUAUUUCUCUUUUUCAACAGUUCCUUGGAAUUACAGAACAGCAUAGUCAUGGCUUCAUCGACAGGAGAGAUACACUGAGAAGUCAUUCUGUGUUCCCAUCUUUUGGUCAAGGAACUUCAUGGCAACACCAUCACUAUAUUCUUAAGAAUCUAAGGAGUUCAUUCAUCUCUUAUUUACAAAUACACAUGAUUUGUUAGGUCACUGAUGCAGGAAUGUAACUCAAAUGAAGUGUGUUAACAUGGAACAGAAUGUGUGAUUGACAGAGUUCAUUCCAGGUUUUUUGUACGUUUGGAAAUUUUUCAGUAUCUUCCUUCACCCUUUUCCUUUGGUCGGAGAACCCAAGCUGGUUGAAAAUCGGAGAGGGAAGAGAAGAAUGUAGAUGUAAAGUUAGUUUUGUACAAAUAAUCAACGUUUUAUACAAAACAGAAAGGAAUUAUGUAGUGUCUUUUGAUAAUUCAUUCCAUGUUGGGUUCAUUUUCCAAGAAGGUGUUCUUUUGUAUUAUGCAGGGUUCCUCAUGCAGUCAAAACUUGCCUUAUGGGCUGGGGCUAGCAAAUGUGUCGGAUUGGUAUUCUGAGAUCCUUUCUAUUUCAAGAUAAAAUAAAAUCUGUUAAAAUCAGUGAGAUAAAAUGACUUUUUAAUAGAUUCUCUCUUAAUUGGUAUUCUGAGAACCAUUUUACCUUCAUCUCAUCUCUCUAUUAAAGGUUUGCCUAAAAAUAUGAAACAAUGUCUAAUUGGAAAGGAUGUUUAAUAGCGCUCUCAUCUCAUUUAAUCAAUGAAAACCUGUUGCACUACAGGAUUGGGCAGAGGACUAUUUAAAUAUGCUAGUGCAUCUUUACGGGGACGUCUUGCAUCAUUUCUAGGGCAAGGUUAAAUCAACAUAUUCUACAGAAAGGCUUUCAUUACUGUCAAUGAUUGUAUUUUCUUUUGUUUUCAUUUCAACAUUAGCGGCUAAUUCACUUUAAAAUAUUGCUGUAAUGGAUGUCGUGGAGAUCAGAUAUCCCCCCAACCUGUUGUCAUUUUAUCUUUUUUUCAUCAAAGCAAACAUGGGCAUAAGUAUAUCAUCUGCAUACAUGUACAUUGUAGCCAUGAUUAGAUAUGCAUUGGAUAUGCCCAUGCAGGCUCUGCUCUGCUGCUUUAGAUACACAAGAUGAAAUGUGAACUUGAGAAAAAUGUGAACUUUUUAUCUGAGAUACAAAAAAAAUAAUCAUACUCGCUUAUAUAGCGUUUAAUACUAUAUCAGAAGUCUAUGAGUGCUCUACAGUAAUGAAGCAUAAUUACUUUGGAUUUCUGUGAUAGGUCUCAGAAUUCAAAUUUCAUUUUAAAGAUGAAACAAUUUUAAAGAAAAAAAAAUGGAUCGUGGAAUACUGCCCAAGAUUUUGUUUCUCCUCUGAGUGUAAUAUGAAAUUGAAAAGUUAGGUAUAUAAUCUCUCCUUCCUUUAAAAAAAGUUAUAAUGUUAAUUCUCUUGAAUGGGUUAACACAGUUAGCAAUCUCACAUUGCAGAAUAAAAUGCAGGUAGGUGAUUGGUCAGGCUAUGUCAAAGACUCAAUCAAGGAACUAUGUAGUGGUUCUCCCUAUGAUGCAGAUGAUAUCCAACAUUGGAGGGAUCACCACAUAUCCACGUUACCCCUGCAUAAAUUUGUGUUUGACGAUGUGCAAUGAACUACGGUUUGAGAUCUCCGUGAACCACAUUCAGCUAUGUUUGAUUUCCAUGGAAUCACAGAUAUAAUGACAGAUAGGAAACAAUAAAGCCCUUCUUUAGAGCGUUGUAUUAUAUAGCUUGAACAAAACCUGAAUAGAUCUUUGGUCUAUUACAGGAAAUAUGAAGUUUGAAAAGGAAUACAGAUUCAAAAUCGUGUCUUUAGGAUUAGAGGUAUUAUUUGGAAUUUGCUUAUAGAGAGAAAAACUACUUGUAUGCCCCCGCCUUCUUAAAACUUUCAAGAAGGGAUAUAUCUGAAUUAUAGAAACAACAUCUUAAAUGCAAAUUUCUUUAUCCCAAUCAAUUUCUUAGAAAAAGAACGAGACAAGUUGAGACAAGUAGAGAUGAGGAAACCACCGGUAGAUCAGAAGAAAAGACAAAUGUUCAUUCAAAGGGAAAUCAAUGAAAACUGAAUUUAUAUUCAUAUUAUUAUUAUUGGUGGUUGCAAAGCAAAUUUGCUCUUAGCUCAAUAUUACUUUUCAUGAUUUAAGAUUUUUAUCUCGAAGGCCAAUCUUACAUAAAUAGAAGGAGGAAUAAGCAUCAGAGAGAGAGAGAGAGAAAGGGAGAGAGAGAGGCAAGACUAAAUAUUUCACUACACAUUGCAUCUCUACAAGAAAAUUCAUCAAAUGAUGCUGAAAACACAAAAUAAUGAACAAUGCUGCAUUUAGUAAAUAAAAGUACAGUUAUGAUGAGUUUGUAUUAUGAAACAUUUUAAAUUCUACAAUAACAGAUUGAGGAAUAUAGAGAGUAUUUGCAAAAGCAAGAAGUAAAGUUGAAAGUCAUACUUAUGCAUUUUUUAUUUGUUAUAAUGAAAGGAGAGCAAAUGCAUGGGAAGGGUGACUUUCAUAAAUGUUACAUCUGGGGGGUGUUUCACAAAGAUUUAAGUAUGACUUAAAGUCGCUCUUAAAUGCCGACGCGUACAUGAUAUGCAACGCGCAAUCUUAUUGAUAAAUACGCAGUAGUGCGCAUCCUCAUGACAUGAUCUGACCAAUGCGGUCAAGCCUUUCAUACCGUACGCAUUUAAGUACGUAUUUAAGUGCGACUCUAAGUCAUACUUGAAUCUGUAAGUUUGUGAAACACCCCCCUGAUUCUUCUAAAGAAUUUAAGUUGACUACCGUAUAUGAACGUUGAACAACUGAUGUAUAUGUGUGUGACUCUGAAGCCUUACUGGGGUACAUAUUUAGGCCUGGGCCCUGUCUUACAAAGAGUUGCGAUUGAUCCAAUCAAUCACAACUAUGGAAAGCCAGCAACGUCAACAUCUAUUAUGCAUGUUUGUUCUAAAAUAUUUUCUAACUAUGAUGUAUAUUCAUGCAUUCAAUGUUUUCUUGAAAAUUCAUUGUGCUUCUCUUUGUUUACAGAGGACAUUGUGUAAAUUACCUGUAGAAAAAAUUAUGACACUGAUGGAUUUCCAUAGAGUUACGAUAGAUUCGAUCGAUCGUAACUCUUUGUAAGACGGGGCCCAGGGGUCACCGUUUGCAAAGCGAUAACAAACUUGUAAAAUGAAAGGAUUUUUAUAGUGAGCUUCAAGAAUGAUCAUGUACAUGUAUUUACAUCCUUGGCCCGGUUUCACAUAGUUUGGCAAGUGAUAUUUUUGUGAUUGAUAGCACAUAGUGAUAAAUACAAUCAGUUGUAAAAAUAUCAGUCCUAUGAUCGAUUACAAGUCUUUGUGAAACGGGGCAUGGAUGUGUGAGAGACAUACAACCUCAAACAAUAAACGUAAUGAUAUCAAUAUAUCAUUUUAAAAAAUAUUAUUCAAUGUUUACAUACAGCUGGACCCAACACUAGCAAGCAUGCAGCUGUUUUAUAUUUGUGGAAAGAAAGCAGCAGAAGAAGGGGGUUGCUUUAGAGAAUAGGUUAUCAUUAGUAUCCAUUAGUACAUAUGAACAAAAAAUCAUACAAUGAAACGCUAUCAUUUGGGAUGUGAUCCAAAGUUAAUUUUGGAGGACGCCCACUUUGCAAGGCAGGUGGGACAAUGACAUGAGGAAGUACUUCUGGGAUUUUUUUUUUUAAUAUUAGACUGUGCCAGGUGUUUAAACCGUUUUCAGAUACGCCUCUCUAAUUACCAUUCCAGCUUCUGUAUCUUAAGAAAAAAAUCUGGAAAACUGUUAUUUUUCUCUAUACCAGCUAAGGCUCUCCAAUACUGGCUGUUUAAUAUUAAAAAUAUAUGUUGUGAAUGAAACCUUCAAAUAUGUUACUUUUUAAGAGAGAGAGGGGUAAAUAGAUCCAACAAUUCCUUUUCAACCUGAAAAUACGUAGAUGGGUAUAGUAUAGGAUCCCCAUUCUUCAGAAUUUAUUUAGAAAAAUAUACAAGAGGUUUAAAAGACCUAGGUAUAGGUCAUCUGUUUGCUCUGUUUGAAAAUAAAACUAAUUUACAUAGCAGCUAGUCUUGGGUCCAGAUCAUAAAGUCUAAAUCAUGAAUGUUUUGUUGGAUGAAUAAUGAUGUCGAUGACGGGUUCGGAAAAUUGAAAAGUGACCUUAUUGGCCUCUUGCUGUUUAAACUUUUGAGAGUUUUACCUCAGUUGGGGCGAUGUGGUGUUUUCAAUAACAAGUGUGAUGACUUAAUUAAGGGCUAGUGUGUGAUUAUGAUAUGCAAAAUGGAGUUUUUAUCUGAAAAAAAGACUGUUUUCCUACUUAUACUAUAUAUCUCAUCAGCACUAUAAGAUAUCUCAUUUCUACCAAUGAACUGUGACAGAAGUUAUUGUGAUCAAAAUAUAUUUCUUUUCUCGAGGAACAACCUCAGUUUGGAAUAUUUUGUUGAAAGUUGUACGAAAAAAAAAGCCUAAAUGGAGUUUUGUGAUACAUGUUUUGUUUUUAUGAAAGUGGAUAUUGGUAUGUAUUGUACAUUUAAAAAUCACUCUUAAAGCUGUGGCAAGGACUGAUCAUAUUUAUUUCAAAUUUCUAUAAUGUCAAUGGCUAUUACGUAGACAGUGAUUUCUCUUGUUAUUGCGUAUAUAUGUAUCUGGCACAAAGUUUUAAAAAAAUCUAGAAUUUAGCGAGCAUAGUCUAUGAAAUGGCCAUCUAAAAUAAAGUGU